CGCCGCGCUCCUCUCUCUUCUCGCCGCAGAUGUACAAGAGAUCAACCACGGACAUCAAAUGAGAGUUGUCGCGGAGGCGCCGCCGGAGGGGACGGGACUAAAUCAUAACACAUUCAUAUGAGGCUGAUGUAUGUUCCCGGUGAGGAGACUACAGUCCUCAGGAGGCACAUAGCACCUCCCCUCCAUUUCCACCACCAUCUCCUCUUCCUUUGUCCAGGGGCAUGCCUUCUGAACCCAGCCUCAGCAGUAGGGAGAUGCUGACAGGACAGAGGCUCUGUCAGUCAAAGUCCCACCAGGACUCGGUCCUCUCUGCCCUCAACCAGCAGAGGAAGGAUGGCUUGCUGUGUGACGUCACCCUGGUCGCCGGCGAGCAGAAGUUCCACGCGCACAAAGCCGUCCUGGCAGCGUGCAGCGAUUACUUCAGGGCCAUGUUCAGCUUGUGCAUGGUGGAGAGUGAAGCAGACGAAGUGACUCUGCAAGGAGUGACCAGUGUUGGCUUGAAGCACGCUUUGGACUUUGCCUACACCGGACAGAUCCUGCUGGAGCCGGCGGUGAUCCAGGACGUCCUGUCUGCAGGCAGCCACCUUCAGCUGCUGGAGCUCCUCAGCCUCUGCUCCCACUACCUCAUCCAGGAGCUGAGCAGUGUGAACUACCUGGAGUUGUACCGCGUGGCCGACCUGUUCCACCUCCCCACCUUAGAGGAGGCUGUGGUGGGCUUCCUGGUGGAGCAUCUGUCUGAGCUGAGCCAGAGCAGGCAGGACGAGGCCCUGCAGCUGCCCUACCGCCUCCUCAGGGAGGUGCUGAAGAGCGACCGCCUCACCUCCCUGAGCGAGGAAGAGAUAUGGAAGUUGGUGGUCCUGUGGCUGGAACACGACUGUCGCUACCAGUACACCGAGGAUCUACUCCAGCAUGUCCGCUAUGGCCUGAUGGAUGUCCCCACACUGCACCACCUUGCCCGUAGCCACCCUCUGGUCCAGUCCAGCCCUACUGCUGCUGCCCUCGUGGAGGAGGCCCUGGAUUACCACCACACCACCUUCGCCCAGCCCCUCCACCAGUCAGCCCGUACCAGGCCUCGUUUCCAGUCUCUCACCCUUUACAUCGCAGGCGGGCGGAAGCGGGAGGUGAGCAGAGUCAGGGAGCUGCGGUACUUCAACCCGGCUGCACAGGAGCACGUACGCGUCGCAGGGGGGUCAAACUGGAGCGAGCUAACACCCAUGCCCACUGGACGCAGCCACCAUUGUGUGGCCGUAAUGGGCAACUUCCUGUUUGUUGUGGGAGGGGAGGCGGAGCAUGCCACCGGGAGGACGUGUGCGGUAAGGACUGCUUGUCGGUAUGACCCCAGGGGCAACUGUUGGACUGAGAUCGCCCCCAUGAAGGCCUGCAGAGAACACUUUGUCCUGGGCGCUCUGGGUCAGUACCUGUACGCAGUGGGGGGCAGGAACGAGCUGAGGCAGGUGCUGCCCUCGGUGGAGCGCUACUGUCCCAAGAGGAACAAGUGGAUGUUUGUCCAACCCUUCGACCGCUCGCUGUCCUGCCACGCCGGCUGUGUGGCUGACAACCUGCUCUGGGUCUCAGGUGGGGUGACGAACACAGCUCAGUACCAGAAUCGACUGAUGGUGUACGACCCAGAACAGGACCAGUGGCUGGCCCGCAGUCCCAUGUUGCAGAGGCGGGUUUACCACGUCAUGGCGGCGGUGAGGAGGCAUCUCUAUGUGCUAGGCGGGAACGACCUGGACUACAACAACGACCGCAUCCUGGUCCGCCAUAUCGACUCCUACAACAUGGACCUGGACCAGUGGACGCGCUGCUCCUUCAGCCUCCUCACGGGUCAAAACGAGUCUGGAGUUGCCGUCCACGAUGACAGGAUCUAUGUGGUUGGAGGAUACUCCAUUUGGACCAACGAGCCUCUGGCAUGCAUUCAGGUGCUGGAUCUGAGCACAGAGGGGAAGGAGGAGGUUUUCUAUGGGCCGACACUGCCGUUCGCCUCUAACGGGAUAGCGACUAGUUUCCUCCCUGCUCCUUACUUCACCUGCCCAAACCUACAGACUCUACAAGUACCUCAUCACAGGAUAGGUGCUGUUUAAACGGCUGAUGAACAAAACGCCAGAAAACACGAAACAGUCUCGACUCAACCCUGGAUGUCAGUAUUUAUGACCGUGACUGACAAAAACGUACCCGAUCAUAGUAAUCAUUGUGGAACCUGCCAUCUCUGUCACAGGAGUGUACAGGGAUUUCUUUGAGACCCAAAUGUAAUAACAAUACUUUUCCUCUACAAGAGCCAUGUUAUUCUGCAGGCUUCUAGGAGACUGAAAAACAAGCAGCUGUCUCAGUAAUGCAGCGUAUCUGCUGAAUUUCCCCCAAGACUGAGACGCUCGUCAUGAUGUCCAGUGAAGACGCGAUGAGCAGGCUAAGAAAAUAACUCCACGGGGAUUAGAAUUCCCAAAGAAGACAGGAACAAAAUGCCAAUCCUAUUACCAAUUAAGUGACUUGUGGUAAAGAGACAUUACUGAAUUGCUCAACUGUCCACAGGUUGAAGGAAACUGAUGUUUUUGUAACCCAUUAGAGGGCUGUGGGAGCUUCUCUCUGUGUAACAUCAUUCAUCAAACCUCUAUAAUCACUUUGGUGGCCUGAAAAACAUAUGCAGGAUGUUUUUCAAGAUGCAGAGGACAAACUGUUUUCUCGUUGACUCGCAGGUCCUUCGAAAUUACAUAUUGGGUUAGCGAGUGUCAAGAGCCUGGGGCUGAAGCUCAUCAGUGCAUAAAUGACCAUGUCUUGUUAUUUUUACUCAAAUAGGGCAAAAAAUGCUUUUAUUAAUCUGCAUUAACACACUGCUGUACGUGUCUAUGUUAUCGACUCGCAAAAUUUUUAUGACGCUCAGGACCUAAGACUGUUUAUGUUCAAUUGAAUGUCUGGUCAUUGUCAUCAUUCAGAGACUAUCUGCUGAAUAUUCCCCAAAGUGUGUAUAUGAUAUUAUAAAAAACACUCCCUUGCGCUGAUUUUCAAAACAAAAUUGCUUUACUUUGACCAAAAGGGAGAAAAUGUGACGCCUGCACUCCCCCCUUUUGCCCAAAACCACGUGUCUGAAAGAAUACAUGCAGCGUUUUCAGAAUAAAGAAGCUACGUACAUAAAUGGCAGUGGGAUGUAUUUUAUAUGAACUGCUAAGAGCUAUGAUGGAGGUGAAUUAUUUAGCAGCAAAAGAUAACCAAACACUAAGUUAAAGCAUCAUGUCUACUUUGUCUUUUGCUCGUCAGACCACCUUAUUAUUUAUUCUUUAUAGGAACCCCAUUAGCUUGUGCAGACUGCUCGCUAGUCUUCCUUCCUGACCCAUCAACAAAAAUCACAAUUUAAAAGUCACACUGUAUGAAUAAGACUAAUAAUGCAGUGUGAUCCAGGUAUAAGGACCAUCUAUGAUAAAUUGCUUGAUUUCUGUUUAAGUGA